AUGCCACCCAAAAACGCAAAGCCAACCAGCGAUGAACUCCUCGCCCAAUUCGAUGACCUGGGCAUCGAUGCCAAGCCCGACGACCAGAAGCCCGCGCCCAAGCCGGCCGCUACCACGUCUACUGGACAGUCUGAGCAAGACAUUCUAGCAGAGCUGGACAACCUAGCUGCCCAACGCCCGAGCAGCGGCCCCGGUACUCCCCGCCUGUCGUCUACGGAACCUCGAUCAUCCACCAGAUCCCCCAGGCCCACGGGUCGCACCAGCGAAGACAAGCCCCCCGUCCGCAAGUCUGGGGAGAGUGGCCGCUCGUCGCGUACGGCGAACCGCAAUGCGGCGCAGUCAUUGUCGAGUACGGAGAAGACUGUGAAUGAGGAAAGUUCGCAGAGUGUUAAUAAUGAUGGCGGUUCUGGUGGUGGAUGGUGGGGAGGUUUCUUUGCAACUGCCAAUGCUGCGGUGAAGCAGGCUGCUUCUCAGGCUGAGGCUGCUGUUAAGGAAAUUCAGCGGAACGAAGAGGCCCAGAGAUGGGCUGAACAGGUGAAGGGGAAUGUUGGGGCAUUGAGGGAGCUGGGUGGUGGACUCCGCGACAUGGCUAUCCCUACGGUAACUUCUCUUAUCCACACGCUUGCGCCUCCGAUCUCGUCCCACGAACAGCUCCAAAUCCAUGUGACCCACGAUCUAUCUGGAUACCCCGUGGUCGACCCUUUGAUUUACUCCGUCUUCUCGCGCGUAAUGGCCCAGGUGGAGGGUGGUGACCUUCUUGUUCUCCAACGUGGACAGGAGUCCGCCCCAAAGCGCGGGCUUGACUUUGGCUAUCAGUCCUCGCCCGCAGGCUGGCGGGACGGUCCUUGGUGGCGCACCGUUACCCCUGGAACCCCGCGCAGCAUCUCCGCCGUGCCAGGCUCUGUCGAAGGCACCAAGCUCGCUCGUGCCAGUGCCGAAUCCUACGGUACUGAAUACUUUGCCGCCAAGGGUGGUAUCGAAGAGGCAGCCAAGCAAGCAACCCAGGUGCUGAGUGAAUCGAACCCCGUCCGCAGCAGUGAUAUCUUCCUGGCCAUCCAGGCGAUCAGCCAGGCUUCCUCGACCGAGCUCUUCCAGGCAGGGCCCACCACCGAAAAAGCAACCCCGCCGGGUGUGGUCGACGUGCCCGAUGCGACUGAAGGAGAGAUCUCCUUUGCGCUAUACCUACACGACCCCAUCCACGGCAUUGCCUUCCACACCGUCUCCCAGGCUAUCCCGCAGAAGUGGGUGGACUGGCUGGACUCUGCGUCUCCGGCCCAGGACCCCAGCGCGGAGGACGCGGAUGCACCUCAGUUUGUAGUCCCCGAGGAUAUCGCAGGGAUCAUUGAGAGCGGUGGUGUCGACCCUCGCGAGUGGGUUUCUGAGUGGAUUGAGGAUACCCUUUCUUUGGCCGUUGGAGUCAUUGCGCAGCGCUACGUUGCGCGCAGAAUGGGUGUUGGCGAAGCCGGUGCAGCCAAGGGUAAGAUGCGCGCAGAGCAAGCGUCCGUUGUCGACAGCAAUGCGGGUGAAGCUGCCAGAGGCCUGUAA